AUGUUGUGGGGCUUACCGGGGCUUAGUUUGCGGGGAAGCUGCGUAGCAGUUAGGAGUGACCCAGAGACGAAGCGUGACCUCUACUUGAGCAGGAGCUGCUCCCUCACGUACUCCGAGACCAUUUGUCUGCUGUUGGCCCAUUCAGCGCCUUCGGUGGCCUCAAGCUGCAGCCUCUUCUUCUUGUCGGCUCAUCCAUCACCUGCGAUCUACCGAGGUGAUGGAUACGUUGGAUUAAUCAUUUUCUGCACCUACAUGCUUGCCAACACCGGAAUCGUUCCAGCCAAAGAUAUAAUGAGUGAUGGACGUGGGAGUGGCUGUAGGUCGGAGCGCGGGUCACUGGCCUACACUGACGGUCCAAACCAAAUGGCCAUCGAGCUAUUCUGCUUCUGGUAUGUAUGGGAGGAAGGAGAAGGUCUCCACGAUCUAGCACUGGAAGGAAGGUAUGGAGGUUUUGGAUCUUAG